AUGGAGAACCCGCGGGCUGCUAAGAUUUUGCAGUGGCUUGCGCUGUUUAUCAUGGCCAUAACGGCCUCUGCCUCCAUAUCACUCGACGACAUCCAACCCAUCACCUCCCUGUCAAUCUCUCGCAACUGCCUUCUUACCUACAGAAUACCAAUUCAAGGCUGUAGCAAGGACGACUUUAGUGGCGUCAAGUGCUCAAGAAACUGUGCGUCAGGCAUCCUCCGGAUUGAGGCUAUUCUCCAGCUCUCAUGUCCCGAUGACACCGCUCCGGCAGACUCGCUUCUCGCACUGGCACUGGGAGACCAAUUGCUUGACAACUUGUGCCCGGACGAGCCCCAGACCAUACCCACCCCUUUCAUAUCCGAGGGCACAACAUUGACACUCACCUCGGUUCAGCCGGAGGGGACAACCACAGCCAAGGCUUGGCCGACACUUACCAUGAGGACUUCGACAACCGAGAUGCCCACCGAGUCGACAAUGUCUGAAAGCCUCAUGCCCUCGGAGGGCGGCAAACCGCCCAUUGCCCCUGAACAGACCGUCACCUCAGAGUCAGAGCCCUCUUCAACAACGACUAUGUCACUUUCAACAACCCUAGGAUUGACCCUUCAGACAAGUGACACUAUAAGCGGCGCAACUACCAGCUCGGUCCAGACCAUUGUCGGAAAUCGUCCUAUAAGGGGUGGUGGUGGGAGCCCUUUUGACCUUCCUGCUAAUGUUCGAAGUGGUCAGCAAAAGCUCUCCAUAUCGGCAUUUGGGACUGCCGUCGGCACUCUUUUUCUAGGAGCGUUGUAUCUGUGGUUUUAA